AUGCGGCUCCCUAGAGCUAGUUUGAUCACGUCCCUAAUUCUGGGCAGCGGCACGUUCAGUGCCGCCGUGUCCCCAGUCCCAUCACACGGUCGCGAUGGAAAGUUUACUCCCAAAGUCUUCAUUGUCUCAAUGUUCUCGCCUGAGGCUGAAAUUUGGUGGGGAAUUCCUGAAUUCAACCUGCUUGCACACAAUAUUACUAUUCCGGGUCUUUCGCCUCUCUUUCCUGACGUACACUGCACUGAGGAUUAUGAGAUAUGCCAGUUGAUUACAGGUGAGGCUGAAAUAAAUGCUGCAACCACCGUCAGCACGGUCGCUUUCUCGUCUCUUUUCGACCUCACCCACACCUAUUUUCUCAUUGCGGGAAUUGCAGGUGUAAAUCCAGAGCGAGCAACAACAGGCUCCGUUACAUUUGCCCGGUAUGCUGUCCAGGUUGCUCUGCAGUAUGAAAUCGACAUUCGAGAACUACCAAACACUUACCAGACUGGAUAUUUCCCCCAGGGGUCUGAUUUCCCCGGGCAGUAUCCGGGCAGUAUCUAUGGCACUGAAGUCUUCGAGGUGAAUACUGAUCUGCGUGAGAUCGCCGCAAAGUUCGCACGUCGUGCCAAUCUAUCGGAUUCGACAGCAGCUCAAACAUAUCGAGCAAAUUAUGCGACUUCAAAUGGAACAUUUAAAGCAGCUACCCUACCUCCCGCAGUUGUGGAGUGCGAUGUGGCAACUUCGGACGUUUACUACAGCGGAAACAUUCUGGGCAACACAUUUGACAACACAACGAAGUUGCUCACAAACGGGACAGGCGAAUACUGUGCGACUGCUCAAGAAGAUAAUGCAACCCUUGAGGUGCUUCUUCGUUCGUCAGCCGCUAAAUUGACCGACUUUUCUCGUAUCAUUGUCAUGCGCACUGCCUCAGACUUCGAUCGCCCUUAUCCAGGAUCUUCAGCGACUUACAAUUUGCUCUAUGCCGAUGGAGGUGGAUUCGAGACUUCAGUUGAGAACAUAUAUCUUGCCGGUGUCCAAGUCGUACAAGGAAUUUUGCACGAAUGGAAAUCGAAAUUUGCUGAGGGUGUACAACCACGCAACUAUGUUGGUGAUAUCUUUGGUACCUUGGGCGGAACACCUGAUUUUGGACCAGGGAGCGUUGAUACAUAUACCGAACUUGAAAGCGGAGGCUUGAAUCAGCGAAGAAGCCUUAACAAACGAUCACGACGCCACAGGUGA